AAACGUUACGUCGAAUGGGUUGACGGUCGAGUUGUUUAGUAAUGAGUUUGACAACGUAAACAUGAUUUCAGAUUUAAUUUUGUUUGGGACGCUAUUAGUCAAUGCUGGUGCUAUCCUGAACUUCAAACUAGUCAAGGGGAAGAGUGACCAGUUUGAAGUCAACACAGAACCAACCUUAGGAGAAAAAGUUCGAGAAUUUUUACAGAGCUUGCGUUAUUUUCGGAUUUUCAUCGGAUUGUGGAACAUCUUUGUGAUGUUUCUCAUGCUAGUAUUUUUUGGACAUUGAUAUAAAUGCUGACAACUGUGUUACCCUGAAGGACAUAUCAUUGUAAUCUAUACAUUGUAAUCUAUACAUUUAUCAUGCAUUCACAUCGAAUUAUCACACAUAAAAUGUAAAAUCUGUUUAUAUUUAUUAAAUCAAAGUGAUACAUGUGAA